UCGGCUGCCUUGGCGGCUCCUGGUAAUUGGACACUCAAAUUGGGUGGAAAAUUCGUCGCUUUUGCGACACGGUCCUGAUACCUGGUGCUGCCGGCCCUAUAUAAACCCCCACCGCCGUGGUCGGACAGGCAUUCCUCGUCUGACACUGACACCAACCUGACGACACCAUGUGGCUCCUGCGGCCAGCACUGUGGCUGCUCCUGGCGGCGUGCACCGUCGCCGCUCCCCUCCCCGCCGGGCCGGCCGCUGCCGCGAUCGUCCCCUCCGCCAACGUGACCAGGAAGGACCAGGACUCGUCGGCGACCGCCUCCGGCUACAUCUACCGGAAGGACGGCAACAAGCCGGCGCUGUUCUUGAAGCUGGGCGCUGGCCAGGGCUUGGGCCAGGGUCAGGAGUCCGACGCCAUCGUGUUCGACGCGCCGCAGUACCAGCUGCAGCACCAGCAGCAACGGCUGCAAAAGCAACAGCAGCAACAGCGACCCCAGAAGCCUCUCUACUCCGGUAGGUUGGGCCUCGACGGCCACCUGGACAAUGUGGAACACUCGUUCGGAUCCAGUGCAGUUGCAGGCCUGGGCUCCAGCUCCGGCUCCAGCUCCGGUUCCAGCUCCGGCUCCAGCUCCGGCAACGAGUUUGUCGUUGGAGGAACUUUGGGAGUUGGUGGUCACGAGACAGGUCACCAGGACAGCCCCAACUUCGGACCGGAUCAUCUUGAUCUCCCCGGUGGCCAUGGAGGACACGGCGCCGAGGAGAGUGGCGGGGGCCUGGGCGGAGGCCUGGGUGGGGGCCUGGGUGGAGGGCUAGACGAGCACCUCAGUGACGGCCCAUCCGGCUUUCCUCAUGGCCCCAUCCACGGCCUGGGCGAUGCGGCCGAGGACUACAUAAGCAGCGUCCCCGCCGCACUCAAGUCGGCGCGCGACGUCCACCUCGGCCCGAAGGGCCACAAACACCGCGCACAACUCCACGCCCGUGCAGACGAGGACUACGGCGCUGCCUUCCAGACGGAGGACUUCACAGCACUUAAGGCCAUCGGCGAGGAGUACAGCCCGUCGGCGUUCAAGGUGGACGCCGGCGAUCACGAGGACCUCGUUGAGCAGGUCGGGCACAGCGUGGGAGGGCAUGGUGGCGGUGCCCACGGCGGUGGCGGCCACAGCGCUCCCCUCAAGUCCCACGAUGACUACCACCACGGCUACGGCGGCGGCCACGGCGGCGGCGGCCACGGCGGCGGUGGCCACGGCGGCGGCGGCGGGGGUGGCGGCGGAGGUGGCAAAAGCUUCUCCGCGGGCGGUGGCUCCAAGCACUCGGGCGACAAGUAUUCGUCUCACGGCAGCAAGGCAAGCAAGGGGCACAAGUCCACCAAAUCGUACGGCGGCGGCGAGGCGGGGGCGCACGGCAGCGACGCGCACAAGGGCACCUUCGCCAAGGCGAGCGGCGCCAAGAAGGUGCACCAGGACGAGGCCAGCAAGUACGGCGACCACCACACGAGCAGCAAGGGCGGCGGAGGCGCCAAGCACGGCGAGAAGGGCCACGGCAAGAAGGGGCACAAGUCCACCGGCUACCACAACGUGUACAACAAGGAUGAGUUCAAGAAGGACACGUCGUUCUACGACUCCAACUCCAAGGGUGGUCAGCACCACAAGGGCGGCGACUACGCGGCUACUCACGGCGGAAAGAGCGGCGCCAACAAGAAGGGCGGCCACCACGGCUCCGCCUAUGACGAGGGCCACAAGGGCAAGAAGUCCCACGUGGACAAGGGCAAGGAGAGCGACGAUCACAAGGCCAAUAAGGGCUCUGCUAGUUCCGAGGCCAAGUACGGCCACAAGGAGGACUAUGGAAAGAAGGACGGAGCUUCGUCCGGGAAGAAAUACGCCCACAAGUCUGGUGGAGGCGGCGGCCACGGCGGUGGCGGCGGUGGUGGCUACGGUGGUCACCACUGACGGGGUGCUCAGGACCAGGUCCUUCACUGGUGAGACGGGAGUGGAAAUGGUAGUCAGAGUGGCGCGUUCGCACUGUGCCUCGCCAGCGUUGUCGUCUGUGAUAGUGAGUGUUGAGUGUUGAUUGCUCAGUAGUGCAGUAACGUCCGUUUUUGAUGGGUUGAUUGUCGUUGUUGUUUGUGGUUGUUUUUGCUUUUUUCAGGCUUGGAUCAAAACUUAUUGUUGUUUAUAUACCCUAAGUAUCUGUAUUGUUAUAUAUGCCAAGUUUUUAUUGUUGUUGAAUAUUAUUUAUGUUAAACAUUUAAGUACUCUAAGAUGCUGAUCAUAUAAUGUGUUGGGACUAGUCCUCAUUAAAAAUUGUUACUACAUAAAUAGAAAUUUUUCUUUAUUUGAGAUGGCACAGUUGAUUAAUAUAUAGACCAAGUAUAUAUAUAAAAUGGAUGCAUACAGACAUAAUUAGCUGCUGUGGCUACUGAGUUUAAAGUGAAUUUAUAAUCCACUCCAAGAACCUGAAAGGAGUUUAUUUUUAUUUUUUUU